AGUUCAGAAACGCUCAAGGACCUGUACUAAUCCCCCUCCUUCCGGGGGUGGACCAACCUGCAUCGAGCAAAACCUGGGACCCGCCAAGGAAACCCAAGAAUGUAACUCAAACGAUUGUCGUAAGUAUUACUUUUGGAGCAUUAGUCUACAGUUUACUAUCAAUCAAUAGCACGCCAUUCGUUUUCUUUUUUUUUUUCUAUUUCCUCUCAGCGGUGCCUGGCGGAUACUCUGAAUGGUCAAACUGGGGAGAAUGCACUGUGACUUGUGGUGGAGGAGUUCAGAAACGUUCAAGGACCUGCACCAAUCCCCCUCCGUCUGAUGGUGGGCCAACGUGCAUCGAGCAAAACCUGGGACCAGCUGAGGAAACCCAGGAGUGUAACGCGCGAGACUGUGGUAAGCCAUUUCCAGUCGACGACUAUAUUCAGAAACUAGAAGCGGUGGGAGAGUAUACUUUGGCAUCAUUGUAUUUUUCUAUGUGUCAUGGAUGUUUGAGUGGUCAGUACUUUUUUUAAUGUUAAGUCUUAUUGGAUGUGGUUUGGUAUAAAAAUGGUAGCAUCGGAAUUCGUAAUAACAUACAUUUAUAAAUUGGCUCACCCAAUAGUGAAUACGGUUGAAGAAAUAUAUAUGUUAUAGCCUACGAGAGAAAAGAGGAGAAGUGCUAAUUAUCACUUAUUGGCUUUACUUGCCAACAAACAAAGAAACUUUCUAAGAUUGUUCUGGUUUGCCGCUGCAAAAGUUAUACAGUUAGAUGUGGCGUUAGCUGGGUAUAAUGUACUAUGACUUGUAUAAGUCAAGUGCGUAAUAAAAUGAUUGACAUUUAAUGCUUCAAUUUUGUUUUCCUUGCCAAACAUUGUAAGUCAUGAUGAAAACUUCGUUUAUUCUCUAUUGGAACAAAAUAGGUGAAGAUGGCAACUGGUCUCCAUGGAGUGGUCCUGGACCCUGUGAUAAGACUUGUGGAGGCGGUGUGCAAGUAAGAAACAGAACCUGUACAAAUCCACCACCUUCUGGUGAUGGCAAGAAAUGUGAAGGACCAAGCACAAAAACGGAGAGCUGUAACACACAGACAUGUAAGAAAAUCAUUCCUUUGCUACUCUACAACAAUUACCGCUGUCAUUGGUCAUUUUAAAUUUAUUUCUUAAAUCUUAACGUCAUAUCGUGUUAUUGUCGUCUUCUUUUAGGUCCUCCUCCCCCACCUCCGCCAUGCAAGGAAUAUUUGGAUGUUGGCGUGAUUAUAGACUCGUCAAACAGUAUCCAUCCAACUGAUUAUGGAAAAGCAAAAUCCUUCUUACAAGGGCUCGUGAGUAGACUUGAAAUAUCCGAGCCCGGUACGCACAUGGCAAUUCUUCUGUACAGCUGGGAAGCACAUACUUUUUACAGGUUCGUUUACAGCACACGGCGUUAUUAAUUUGCUAUACUGGAAAUGUCAUGUUCAAUUUGAAUAUGAAAUAAUUGGCUUGCCACUUUCAAUUAUAGAAAUUUAAGCGAUUGCAAAUUAACCGACAAAAAUUUCGAGAGUUCUACGAGAUUCGAACCCAUGGCCUCUUUUGCUUCAUUUAAAGGUUUAAAGAUCCACAAAGUGUCGGGGAAUUAAAGAGGAAAAUUGUCGAGCUACCACAUAUUCGAGGUGGAACAAGGACUGAUAGGGCCCUGGAACUAGCAGCAGAAGACUUCUUUGGAUGGCAGGAGACUGGAGACAGACCGGAUAUACCGAAUGUGUUGCUUGUCCUCACUGAUGGGAACACAAAUGAAGGCAGCAAACCAUUUUCUCAAGUUCUGCCUCCAUUAAAGGUCAUUUCAAUUACUAAAUUAUUGUAGGAGCAGUUUAUUUUAUUUUUUUCGGUGAAUGAAUAGUUUUCCGGCACCUCAAUAUGGAUUUUACCAUCUUGUUGAAUGUUAUCGUAAGCGACUUGAGUAAACUUUCUCUCAGUUUCAAGACAAAAACAUAACUGUGAGGUAAAAAAAUAGAGUCACGUAGACACUGACUCGUACUGGUUUGAGCACACGCUACAAAAAAAAAAUUGGAGUCAACUUCUGCAUUGAUCGCUUUAAGGUAUCAGCCACCCUUCAGGACCGUCCGCGCGCGGAUCGCUGUAGCGUUCGUUGUUUUUAUAAAAAUCCUUAUAAACCAUAUAUUUUUUAAAAGCUUAAUAAUUCCAGAUUAUGAAUUUGAACUAACAAAAACGAUUUACUUAAAUGUGUUUCGAAAUUGGAACGCUUUGUGUAAAAGUACACGUCUCUAUAAAUCAUGUUCCACUCCCGCCGGAAAUAAACGGAAGAAAACAAUUAACACCGCAUUCGCUUCUCAACACGUUCCACUAAAAAACCGUGUCUCAGAUUUUUGACAAGUGCGUUUGUUUUUCUUUUAUUAGCAAAUGAAGUUGGGAAAGGCAAUUAGUCAACACUCCCUGUGGAAAAAAAGCUCUAGCUUUAAAAUUAAAAGGAGUAUUAAAAUUCGCAGACACGGUUUUGUAGAAGAGGUAUAUGGCAUCACUCUGGCCAAAUUUUAGCCAAAUUGAUUGAAAGGCUGCCGACUUGGAGUUCAAAACGUACGAGUCGAUCGGCAAAAUUUGCGUUCGGAGAUAAAAUAGAAAAUACAUUUUUGGCGGCAUCCUACCUGGAAUGAGAUUAUAACACCUAAAUGUUUAUUCUGAUUGAUAUCAGAGAGGGAUCAAUUUUCUCUAACAAUAGGACUUUGACAGGUAACAUGUAACAGCAACAAACUUUCGCGGCAAGCAAGUGAACAGUUUAAUUCUCCCUUGGAAAACUUCUACUCUUUUACACCACGAGAAGCACGGUUUAAUUCUUUCUCGAGCAAAAGUUUUGCCUCUCCUUCGAUCUUUUUUGUAUGAUCCGCCCAGGCAUUUUUGUUGAUCGGCUCCAGGCCAAGGAAACUAAAAACUUUGAAGCCGCCGAAUGUCCACCACCGAUUGCUCGAAGGCCAAGAACUGAGGCCCGGUUUAUUUCAAACGCUCUGCUCUUCUCGGAAGAAUUAAAAACAGAAUUUGUCUUGUGCGAAGGACAGCUUUCAUUCUCGCACUGGAUUCUCCAGGUAGAACCAAGUCCAUGCUUAGUCGCUACAUUUUCCAUGACGUGGACUCUUCCCUGCCAAAAUCGACAAGAUACCAACUCAUCCAGUUUCUCAAGCAGCUUUUCGCUCGAUACGAUAGCUCGACCGCUUAUUGUUUUCCACGUUCCAUCAGCAGAUGGGGUCGAUGAGCUUAAUUGGCUUUCUUCAUCUGGUUCUUCAAGCUGGAUUUUGGAGCAGCUUGCACUCUCAGUAACUGCAGCAUUUUCGCUUUUCUGAAUAUCCAACUCCUCGAGCCACUUCUCUUGCUGAUAAAAUGAGCCCUUAUCGCUCUCUGCCAAUUUUGCGGCUCAUUCUUUGUCAAACUCGCUCUUCGAUUUCUUUUUCGUUCUCGGUUUCGAUGACGAAAACGGACACGACCUUUUCUUUUUUUUUGGAGGCAUUUUUACCGAAGCAAACGCUAAAUAUCCACGGAGAAUAAUACUGUAAAGGCUGUAAACAACCCGUGUUGUGUCGAAGCACGCACUCGGUAUCACGUUACUAGUUCACAGGCAAGUUAAUUGAUCUAUGACACGGGUAUGACAGAUCUUGUCAACGAUCAAUAAAGAUAAUUAACGAGAAAAAAUCUUUUACCCCCGAUAUCUUUCGACAGAAAUAAUAUUUUCUUCUGAUUUUUUUUUAAAAGAAAGCUCUCAAGCAUACCUAUUUGAAAACGUUGAAACCUCAAAUAUGGGAAAAUGGCAAUUUUAAGGGUGGCUGAUACCUUAACCAUGGAUAAUAGAAAGACCCAGUCUUUCUAUUAUCCAUGCUUUGACGAUGUUAUCAAACAAUUAGUUCAUGCUUCAGCUGUACGUAUGUGGAGAUAUUGAGCACUUGGGAAGUUUGGAGAGCACUCAAGAGGCUAGAGUUGCUUUCGGCUGCUCCUCGAGCGACUCUUACGCCUCUUUCGUGCUCUCCAAACUUUCCGCGGGCUCAAUAUCUCGACAUACGCACGGUGACGCAUGAACUAAUUGUUAAAUUAAGUACAGAAAGUUGAAAUUUGAUUGAUUUUCAGGCUCAGGUGAGUUCAGUUAAGGACGUCUGUCAGAAUAAUCGACAACUCCUUUAUUUAUUUAUUUAUUUAUUUAUUUAUUUUUUGAUGAGGAUAAAGAAUAUACAAAAAGACGUAAGUUUAAAUUACAAACAGCAAUUCUGAUUUCAGGUUCAUUCACGCGGCAUACUCAUACUCCAAGAAACCACAAGAAACAAAAGCCCAAUAGCAAAAUCCAAAAUUAUUGACUGACAACCAAAAGAUGAUCAUGAAAAUGUCUUGAAACAAAAGCAAUUUUCUAAUUUCAUAAAACCUCUUUGAAGAAGUAGUGUCUUUAAAGUAUUGCGGAAAAUGUUUUUAAAACCUUGUUUUCUGUUUGUUUGUAAGCUUAUUUUUAAUAGCCGGCUUUGUCUUUGGAAGGCAAAUACUAGGUGAACUUACCCUGCUUAAAGUCUUUUUUUUUUUUACAACCAACACGACAAAUAAGUUUCCUUUAGAACUUUCAUUUUAAUCAAUUCAGUCGUAAACUGUUUUUAAAAAGCUUGUGUUUUUUAAACACUAGGCCAUACAUCGUCUCAAAUUUAUCCUACAAGUCACCGUGUAAGAAACUUAAAAUAAUUAAGCUUAAACGGGAAAAAAUGCAAUAACUGAAAGUCACCUCCUGAAAUCUAGUAGGUGAGGUAAUUAGAAACGCUUUAGUUUUCUCCGUUACUCUGCUGUAAAAGCCUGCAUGAACUACAAAAAUAGCCAUUGAUGAAACCACAGUUGCGACGCUUUCCUCAAUCAAAACCCAAAUAAACAAAACACAACAAUGCAAAGGAAUCUUGUUAGAAGUUGUAUUUGUCAGUAGACCUGCCGUAUUUCUUUCCGUGCGGCAGUAGAAAAACAUGAAAAGUUAAAAACGUAAAGUGACAAAAGGCUUUCUAGCUUCUGCGUUUGUAUCCAUCAAUAUUUUUCGCCUGUCAAAAUUUAGACCAAUCUUGGACGAGGUUGUCAUUUGUAGGCGGGAACAGGGAGCUGUGACAAACGGAAGUCAAAUUUUUGCAUGUACAUUAUUAACAAGUAAUCAUAUGAUUUUUCUCGUGCAAUUGUGGAUAAAUCAGCACUCGAAAAUUUUUCAAAGACCACAAACUGCACUCGCUCUUUUUAGUCUUUGAAAAAUUUUCUUUUCUCCAAUUUGUCCCAAAUUGCUCUCGAAAUCAUGUGAUUACCUUUACAAAUUAUUUUAUCUUCAAAUUUAAAGCUUGCCGGAGUUAGGCGAAUCGCUAUCGGCAUCGGGAAAGGGAUUGGUUAUGGUGAACUUAAAGAAAUUGCUGGCAGUGAUGAGAAUGUCAUUCAAGUACAUUCGUACAGUGACCUUAUCAGCAGACUGGAGAAAAUCAUGAAAAUGGCAUGUGACCACCAAGCCCUAGGUACAUUUCGAUAAAAGUCUUUAUAAUCAGUAUACCUCAAUAAUUAAAAGGCUUUGGAUCUGAAAGAAUGAAAAGCGGGAAACACACGUGUAAGAGAAUCCAAGACAGUCGGCUUCUAGACAGGUUCCACGCUGUAGAUUUCGGGUUACAGCCGAGUAUUGGUAUCCUGAUUCUUUGAGAGUGGAAAUUGGAUUCUGAAUUCCAAUUCUUAGUGGGAUUCCUGAUUCCUUGAGAUUUAUCCCAAAUUCUAAAGCCCCGGAUUCCACAACCUAAAAUUCCCCGCAUUCCAGAAUCCCCAUUCCCUCGCAUGGGACAAAACAACCAAGAUUCAAAUAGUAGUUGCCAAUAUAUGUUUUAGCCCGCGGGAGGGAGUAGUACCUUAUUUGACCGGGACAGGAGCCCAUAAACUGAAGCAAACAACUUCCAUACCCUCGUGUCACAGCGUUUUACAGACCACUCUCUUUUCAGAAAGGUUUUGGCGUGACUUUUGAAUAUCUUUUGAAUUCCAUAAAUCAGUCAGCAAAACCUACAGACCUAACAAUGAUAUUUUUCCCUUUUAAUAACGUUUUUAGUUUUUUUUCCUUUUUAAUAUCUUAUACUUCGAAUGCGAUCAUAAACAUGGUGGAGUUUCUAUUUUCCGGGAAAAAGUGUCUUAAAAUGUGUCUAAAAAUAAACCUAUCCGUAAAAUCGCCGUGACAUAGGCCUAGUGCGGGAGUUUGUAACUCCGGAUUAUGGGCUCCUGGCCUGGGCGGAUAUGUGACGCUGAACAGUAUAUCUUUUUGAGGGGUUUGAGUCUUUAACAGGGUAUUGUUCAAUUUCACUAUAUAGCGUCUUGAACAAAGUGUCUUUUUGGACCAGAAGCCUUAAAAAGAGCGUGAAGGUUGACGAUGAACUGUCUAAGAAAGAAAGAAAGAACCUAAUUCCUUGAAGUUACUUUUAAAAGAUACUUAAUUCUGUGUGGGAAACGAAAUAAAUCGGAGAAAUGAUACUGGUUCUCUUGUCUUAAACAGGGUAGCAAAAUGAAUGACUUUUGUCAGGGUUUGAAGGGUUCCAAUCGGCGGAACACCUCUACUCAUUCACUUUUUUGACUCCCCGCCCCCCUCCAGUUUUUAGGUAGUUCCAUUCGGCUAUUGUUUUUCAUAUAACAUGACUAUGAAGUUUCAAAACAACAGAAGCACCACGUUGUCUGAGGUUCCUUUUUCUGUUGUUAUCUUUACUAUUGAUGCUAUUUGUAUUAAAACCAGCAAACGUCCCUCCCUUUUCACCUGUCAUUUUGCGUAGGUUCCUGUGGUGCUUGGGGUUCCUGGGGAAGUUGUAGCAAGACUUGUGGAUCCGGAUUCAAGCUUCGCGAAAGAAAAUGUCCAGAAAACAGUUUACAUUUGGAAAAACAAAAAACCAGCUGUAAUACUAAUCUAUGUCCAGGACAACGUAGGGAAGCGUAA